AGGGCAUGGCUCAAAUCGCUUUUGGCUUAGCCGACCGAAACGUCUAUAUCUUCAAGCCAUGCUGCGCCUUUUGGCGCUGUGCCUGGCGCAUAGCUGGGCAGAGAGUUGCGAUGAUGGAACAUGCAGUUCCAACUUCUUACAGCUGGCGGUGACAACUGGCAGUGAUCAUCCAUGGCCGCAUCUCGAAUCAAUGCCGACCUCUCAACCCGACGUCUCCCAUUUUUGGCAACCGCAUGUGUCUAGCCAUGACCACCCCAAAGGUUGACCUCUUUUGCGCCCUCAUUGAGGCAUUCCCGCGGCAAUGACAAGUUGCAGUCCGGAGUCACCGAGCUGACUUUCAAAAUGACGAGCCGUGCCGCAAACUGGAGCUGGCACCACCCAGACGGCCAGUUCUCCACCAUGGUCGCAGGGGGCCCGGUGGUCGAUGCAGAGAAGAACCUUUUCUUGAUGACCAUGGAUGGGCUAUGGAAGUUCUCGCCUGCAGGCGAGGUCUUGUGGCACUACCAGACGCCAGGCUCUUCGGAUUUCGAGCCGACGAUUUCGGGAGAUCGUGUCAUGUCAGCGACCACCGCGGGCAAGGCCUUCGCCGUGGACAGGCAUACUGGCAAGGAGAUUUGGCAAACGCAGCUUGCAGAGAAAGCCGGCCAAGACGUUGGCUACCCCAUUGCAUGCGAGGGUGUCUUUCUGGCGACUGCCGACACCACUGGCCGGGACACGAUGCCCUUUGAGAUCACGCCCGGUGGGAACCGGCGCCUCUUCGGCCUUUCCGUGGCCACGGGGCAAAAGCUGUGGGACUACGCCACGGACGAGUGUCUCUACAACAGCGCGCCCUUAUGCCCAGGUGAUGGCAGCACCGUGAUCAUGGACAAGACUGGAAGCCUGUACCGCCUGUCUUUGCAAACCGGUGAGGCAAUCUGGAAGCAGGCGGCCCGCGACAGCCAGCACUCCUCCACCGACGGAGGCGCAGGUUUGGGGCCCAACGGCCUGGUCUACACCUGCAGCAACUACGGGAAUGCCACCGGCGGAGUCCACGAGCCUGGAGUCGUAAGGGCCUAUCACGUGGAGACUGGGCACCUGGAAUGGGAGCACCUGCUGCCGGAGCCUUGCUGCACCUUCCCCGCGGUGGGGCGCAUCAAGGGCGAGCUCCUGGUGAUCGUGACUCCAGGCGCCUUCCCCAGUGACUUCGCGGCGAAGCCGGGCAGCGUCCUGGCGCUGGACGCGGCGACGGGGCAGCCGCGCUGGGAGUUCAACGGCGCCUCCGUGUUCUUCAGCCGAGGGGACGUGAAGCGCCUGGAACUGGGCAUGGAGAACACGACGAACUUGCGAGCCAUUUGCCUCCCCGCUCAAUGGAGUUCGCCGGUGAUCACCGGAGAUGGCUCGGUCUACGUGGGCCGCUCCGAUGGGAACAUCUACGUGGUUCAUGGUCCCAAAGACGGGACCGGCUUGCUUGAGAGCGACUGGCCCGGCUUGGUCACGGAUGCCGAGACGGGAGUGCAGGCCCAGGUGUUCCAUGUGGGCAGCGCCCCCGUGCACGGCGCCUUGGCCUUUGCCCCGGAGAUGAUGGCCUUUGCCACCUGCGACAGCCUCUACGUGUGGCGGACCUGAGGUUAAUCGACGUGCAGAAAACGCCGCGCAGAUUGGAUCAUCGUGGCAUCACAGGUAGGUGCCCUCCAUGGACCGACCCUGUCACAGUUUUAUCGAGCUCGUGGCCUGCAGAUGGCGUUGGCAUGCGA